AUGGGGAUUGUCAACGAUUCCCUGCCCCCUGUCCCAGAGGACAAGGAGCUCCGAGCCAAGAAUCGGGCCCGGAAUGAGGAACAAAAGAAGGCCAAGGAGGCGCAGAAGGCGAAGGCUGCGAGGAAAGCGCAGCACCAUGAGAUCUCUGCCAAGAAUCAUCGCGAGGCCGAGAAGGCGGGGGUCCCUCCGCCCGACUCUCCCGAGACUUCGGUCUCAGAGAUAAAGGGUGGGGGAGACAACACGCACUGGCUCGACGAGCUAGAGGCGGAGGAGGACGACGUGAACCCCCCUGGCCUGGACGCGUGUGGGCGUGCCAGUGUCGAGGCCAUCAACCGAGCAUCCGAGCUCGUGAGCCGGGACAUGUACAAGCUGGCCCAGGCGCUCAAGGCUAUGUCCUUGGAGAAAUCAGUUUUCCUCCGCAGGGAACGGGAUGCCUGGACAGCCUGCGAAGAUGAAAAGGCUGCCAGGGAGGCGGCCGAGGGGGAAGUCGCGAAAGAAUGCGAGAUUUCUGCUGAGCUUCGACAGAAGUGCUCGGCCCUUGCAACUGAGGCUCGGGAGGCCCGGGAAAAGGUUGCUCCCCUGGAGAAGAGGAGCGAGGUGGCCCGUUGGCACCGGAGCUUGGCGGAAAACGAGAAGCGAGCCGAGGAGUUGGAGAAGAAGGUGGCUGAGGUAGUCUCUGCUGCCGACGCCUUGCAGAAGUCCUUCGACGCCGAGGUCACGGACCGCUUGGCUCUGGAAGCCGUGGUCGCCUUGGCGUGCGAUGGACUCGGGGUGUCGGCAGGCGUGUCGGGGUCGUCACUGCAGAGUCGGAUUGAAGCUCUCUACUCCCGGGCCGGGGAGAGGAUGAGGGAGGCGCUCCAUGCUGGGGUAAAGAAAGCCCUAGCGGUGGUGAGCUCUCACUAUGUCGGCAUUGAUUUGCCAACGGUUAGUGAGGGCUACGUCCUUCCUGAUGACAAGGCGGAGGCCCAGGAGGAGCUGCAGAGGCUUGAAGACGCCAUAGACGCCCCGGGAGAUGCCCUGGCCGCCUUCUUUGACGCCGAGGUGGAGCUUCCCCCCUUGGCGCGCAGGGGCCUGGGCAAGCAGGGCAAUGAGGCCCUUGAGUUAGAUUUUUCUCUUUUUGUAAACAUCAAAGGCCAGUGGGCCUUCUGUUUUAUUGGAGAUGUGGAUCGCGCGGCGUCGGAUGUCAACCCCGACCACGCCGCCGGACAAAGGGUGGCCGAGCCUGCUUGCGCUGCUGAAGACGCGGCGCCGCAGACCACAGAUCAACCUGCGGCGGCAGCUGCUGCUACAGGCAUCGAGGGAGAGUCUGCCCCGGCGAGUGCCGCGGCGAGCACUCCGCCGAGGGAUGGGGAGGCAGGAAGGACCGCUCCCCCGAGUAGCGUCGCGGAAGGGGAAGAUAGAGCACCAACCCCUCCCCCUGCCGAAGAGAGGAGGGUCCCAACGCCACCCCGGGCAGGGGCCUCUUCGUCCGCAGGCGCCCCGGGCCUGGCCCAGGGGCCGGUGAUGCCUUCGACCAUGACUGGUGGCGGUGCAGCGAGCGAGGAAGCCCGGGCAUCCUCCGACGACGAGGUGGAGGAAAUUGAAGGUCGCCCUCGUGAUGGCCGCCAGCACAGAAAAGCCAGCGCGAGCCGGCAGGCCGAAUUCGGCCCACGCCAGCCCACCGACCCGCACCCGCGUCUGCGUCCGCACCCGCGCGCCGCGCGCGUCGUGGCCGACCGGCCACAGGCCGGGAGCGCCACGCGCUCGCCGUCGCCUGGCUGCCGCGCCGCGUGGCCGGCGAUGCCUGGCGAGCGGGCCCCGCCACGGCCGCCUACACCCGAAAUGGGACACGCCCCGUCCCAUUUUCGCUCGGCCGCGCCCGCUCGCUCCCUCCUCCGGUCUCGCCUCACUCGCGGCUGCAGCACGCACCUCCGUCGCGACGUUCGCCGUCGCCGGCGUGCUUGGCCUCGCCCGCGCCCGCUCAAGCCUCGCCUGUGUGCGCUCGAGCCCCGCCACCACCCGCGCCACCCGUCCGCUCGUGUCCCGCCGCUGCCAUCGUCGGUAGGGAGGCCGAUUUGGCCGUUUUCCUCCGCACCGCCAUGGACGGGGCUCCGUGAGCUCGUGCUCCGCCGCGUCUGCGCCUCCUUUCUCCCUCCCUUGCUAUCUCUGCGCAAGCACCAGGGCCGCUAG